UUUCCUUUGCCUCUUUUCAAUCAAUUCCGCCGCAUUCGGAGGUGACAGCAGCCAUGAGUGCGCGGCGUGGAUCUCGUCUGCGGCGCAAGCCUACGCCGAUCUAUCAGGUUGAAGAUACGCGCAGCAGUGGCGAUGACAUGGAUAUUGAAGCAGAGGAGCAGGACGUGGUUGUAGCCAAUGAACAAGGCGAAGAAACCAGCAGUGAAGACGGAAGGGAAGGCGAGGAUGAGGAGUUCACACCUGCCGGAACGAAGGUGAAGAAGUCUACGCGUGCAAGCAAAGCAGCGCGGACGCCCACAACCAGAGCGAGACCCAGUAGACGUAAGCGCUCGCCGUGGAGCCAAACGAGGAGCUUGCGGUCGACUGGAGAGGAGAGCAAGAGGAAGAGAAAUGGAGUAACAGCGGAGACGGACGAAGCUGCUGAGACUGCGUAUGCCGUCGACCAAGGAGACGACGUAACCUCGUUGUUUGAGGCGAUCAAGGGCGGCAAGGCGUCGCUGGAGAACCUGAUGAGCGAAUGGCGCGAUCGAUUCGAAGACGACGACGAAAAGGCCACGAGAGAAGUGCUGAAUCUGGUGCUGCAGGCUUGCGGAGGAACGGGUAAAUGCGUUCCAGAAUCGGAGCCAUUGGCUCAACUGGAUAUGGGUGAUAUGGUUGAUCACGUGGUGGAGGAUCUCGAGAAGGCGAAUGGAGAGUAUCCUCUGAUGUCUCGUGGAAGAGGCAUGAGGAAGUUUCAGCGCAAAUUCGAGGAGUUCUGGGAGGUGUUUGUGAAGGAGUGCUACGAGAGCGAGAUCUUGUUCACGUCAGAGAUUGCGAACAACUUUAUCGACUGGCUGACGACCUUGUCAAGUUCCGAGCUUCGGCCAAUUCGACAUACGGCCACUGUUGCUGUGCUGGCGUUUAGCAAUUCCUUAGUGCGCACUGCGGCAAAUAUUUCUAAGCAACUAGCAAUUGCUAUGAGACAACUCAAUGCUGAGAUGAACUCACCUGGUUCGACACCUGGUGCUGUGAAGAGCCCAAACGCCAGGAAAGUGGCGCUCCUGAAGGACAACAGAGCGUUGUAUGAGAAUCGGCUGCAGCAGGUGUUGAAGCUGGUUAAUUUGGUAUUUACUGGGGUUGUGGUGCAUCGGUAUCGUGACGUUAUGCCGGAGAUUCGUGUGGUAGCCAUACAAUGUCUUGGCCAUUGGAUCACUACGCUUCCUGACCAGUUCCUCAAGGACAGUUUUCUGAAAUAUCUUGGUUGGCUUCUGAGUGAUAAAUCGGCAUCAGUUCGCUUGGAGGUGGUUGAGAUCUUGUGUGAGCUGUACGAAAAUGAUUCAUUCACGGAAAAGUUGGAGCUGUUUACUGCCCGAUUUUUGCCGCGCUAUCUGGAACUCUGUAACGACGUGGAUGAAUCUGUCGUCGAGGUGUGCAUUCAUCUUCUAAUCGCCGUUGACAAGCAUAACCUCAUCAGCUCGGAUGUUGAGCUUCAACCUGUCGAAAGAUUGGUGUUUGAUGCGGAGCACGAAGACAUUCGCAAAGCCGCCGCGGAGUUUGUGUGUAUUCAGUAUGAUGCAUUUGGAGUUGCUGUCUCUAAAACAAAGAAUGCGACAUUGAAGAAAGAACAGCUCAACACACAAGCUAUUGCCCUCGUAGAGUUUGCGGAGGAAUACAUCCAGAAUUACGGUGUACCAGAGGAUGCAGUGGAAACACUCGUGGAUGCCUUUUGGGGGCUGGAAGAUUGCCUUGUCCUUCAGAGCUGGAGAGUGAUGACAGAUCUGCUCCUAGUGGACAAGACUGCGCCAGAUCUAAGCAGCGAACAACAGACUAUCCUCCUACGUCUCCUUGUUGCAUCCAUAAGAAAGCUCGUCGGUGAUGGCGUCAAUCGAUCAGCAAGGGCGGCUGCCAAAAGAGAAUCAGAGCAACUACAGGAAGAAAUCACUGUGGCAUAUUGCAAGGACAUCCCUAGCUUGUUCCUUUUGUACCAAGCUGAUUCGGACAAGCUGGCAUUGCUUUUGGAGUUGAUUCCGACGCUAACUCUGAAGAGUGAGGUCAUCGGUCACCAUAGCGGGCAAGUGAAGGACCUUCUCGAAAAGCUCAAGCACGCAUAUCUGUUGCACUCUGAUGAAGAGUUGCUAACGAGUUUAUCGCUAUCCAUAACCCACUUGCUUCAAACGGAACAUGCAUCACUGAAACGGGAAGCAGAAGUUAUCAUGCACGAGCUGAUUCAAGUGAUUAUGGAUAAAACUGAUCGCCUUCUGGAAGCUGAUAGAAAACUAUUCGGUGAGUUCGCCAUUGCUGCCGAUGACACGCCCAAAACGAGGAGCAGCAAGACGAAGGGGAGGAACAAAAAGAGCGCCAAAACCAAGGAAAUUUCAGAUGUCGAGUAUGGUCUGCGGGUCUCUCUGUGCCGAAUUAAAUGCCUGGCAAAGUACCUCAAUAUCCGAGAGUAUCUUCCUUCUGAUCUGUCGUUAUCGAAAGUGGAUGGGGAUGGUCACACGACUGCAACAGAUUUGCAGCAAGGGCGAAUGGAUAUACUUGUAGCGGCGGUGGGAGAUUUAUUGCAUCGACGCACACUAUUGGCCUCUGAGCUACAUGAAGUUUUUCGGCAUGUCGACGCCAUUAAGCACGGCAUGACCAUUAUAUAUUUCGAUUUGCUGUGGAACACGGCUCCGAUUUUCAAAAACGUUGAAGAACACAAAAAGCAAAAUACUACCAGCGAAAAUACUGAGGCUGAAGUUGAUCCGUCGAUUCAAAAUCAGAUCCAGAAAGUGUGCCAAGCGCGAUCCACGCUUGAAGGAGCCCUGAUUUCUGUGUUAGAGAUGCACCUGUCAAGAACAAACGAAACCGCGGACGAAGAACACAAAGAAAGCGAAGAAACACGUGACGAGGAGUACAUUAUGGAAGAAAUUGAGUUCGAAGACGAGGAUGUGAUUUCAUACGUGAAAGAUGCCCAACGAUUUGCGUUCUUAACGUUUUGCGACCUACGGUGCUUGUUUGUGGAGAAAUUCCAGGAUGCACCAGCACCAUACGAUGCGUUGCAAUGGACAUUACCGAAUGUACUCGUUCUUCUCACACAAAUGCACUUUGAGCGUGAGAUGGAUGACGCCGAAGAAGAGGAGCCGGAAUUUGAAGACGAUAUGGUGGAGAAUGACCUUGACGUUGCAAAGGACAAAGCACAAGCUCUUCGCGAAUGGCAGGAAAAGCAGCAACGAAAAGCUGAGCUGCUGCUCGCGCUUGGCCGCGUGGCGCUGUGUAACCCAAGCAAGAAGUACCAAGCUGCGGCAGUUCUACAGUGUUUCACGUCUAGUGACAAGCCAAGUGUUGAGGUUGUGAAGGCAUUUGGCAAGCAAGUGAAGACAGAUGCUCCUGUGCGUUAUUUGGAAAUUCAAAUGGCUGCACUUCGUCAAUUAUUUAAUCCGAUUCUCGCCUGGAAGCAAGACAUUGAAGCAGCUCAAGGGAGCGAAGACAUCAAUGACGACGAUGUUACAGAGCUCAAAGAGAAGGUGGAAAGCAGCGAGCAUGAGCUGAAAGAGCUGGCAAAAAGAUUUAGCCAAUCUCUCGGAGUCGGAAAAGUUCCCUCAUCAUUACGAGCGCCAUUUUUCCGCUUCUUGCGUGAAGGUGUUCGAUAUGCCCUUGAGCAACCGACUCAGUUUGAGUUCUUGGAGAUCAUGCGUGUAUACUUGUCACGUCUGGACAAUGCGAGCAUGGCUCAACUGCGCGAGUAUUUCCUGGAGCGACUAAAAUCGCUACAUGAUGUCCCUGACAAUGAGGAUCUGGACUCGCGAUGGCGAGCACUGUUCGAUUUCCAGGCAUCGAUCACUUCUAGUGGCACGGCGAAUGGAAUGAACAAAAACUUGACUAGAACGAUGCUCUCGCCUCCGCUGAAAAGUAAACGACGAUCUGCUAGCUCUGAACCCACUCCAAUGCAAGGAACAUCAAUUGCAGAGGAGGGCGAAGAAGAUAAUGCGGAACGCGAGGGUGGUGAAGGUGAGGAAACAGAAAGUGGUGCUGGCGAUCAAGGUGAAAUGAAUAAGACAGGACACGGCGAACAGGUCGAUCAUAAUAAUCGACACAGGUCAUCAGUACACAAACGCACUGCUAAGGCUGAUGAAGAUUCCGAUUCCAUGCCCUCUCGCAAGCGAGCACGACGUGCACGCAAUGCUGAUGAGGCAGAAUCAAGUGAUGACGAGCUGUCUGAGGCGAACAACCUUGAUCAUCAGCUCCAGAAUGAGUCGAAGAGCGAGGAAGAUGAGCCUAAUAAUGAAGUGCAGACACAUGGGCAUACCCAGGACGCUGCUGGCAACGAGGAAGAGGAAGAGAACAGGAGAACUCGGCGGAAACGACGCCGAGCAUAAGUAAGGUGGACAAGCCACCAACAGCUUUUUUUUUUUGUCGUAACACGGAGGGUAGUAGUGUAUUACUGCGAAAGGUAUCAAGGAAUGGCAUAAUGUCUUCAGCAGGCUAAAGAGUUAUGUAGCUUGGGCGACAUUCUUGGUGGCCUUGCCCAUUUCAACACUACGCGUCCUGGCAGCGAAGUUGAGUGUGCAGAAAGUUUCUUCGCAGUUGUAAUCGACCGGACUCGCACAAGCCACCAUGAGAGUUUUCGAAUCGCCACCAAGGGCAUCCUGGAGCAGGUAUGUCAGCGAUGAGUUCCUGUAUGGCACGUGCUUCUGCUUACUAGCUCGAGCAGCAAUAACGUCUCCGAGUGCCGAGAGUGACUUGUUGAUGUUCUGUGCUUCCUUGAGUCGUUGUCCUUCGGCCCCCGUUUUUGAAAGUCGCUCGGAACCAGCUAGAUCGACGAGGAAGAGCUUUCCACUGGCGACGACAUUGGUGACGAUGUUGAGGCUCUUCAGCUGGAUGGAGAGGAUCGAGUGACUUCGACUACUGUGCUCGUUCAUGUCGGUGGCAUGCGUACUACGGUUCUUGUUGCCACGUUUGAUGAGGUCAAAGACUUCAUUCAGAGUUUGUACAGGCACCACCGUCAAGCCCGGAACGAAGUUACCCGUGGGGCCUUGACGCACUUGCAGGUUCGUGUUGGAAGCGUCUUGUGCUAGCAGAUCACGGAUCUGCUCGUUGUAGAUCUCCAUGAUGCUGACUGUGAUUUCAUCCUGGUACUCCUUCACACGUUCGCUCUUGCGUUCAAAAAGUUCUUGUAGAGAUCUCGUGUUAAUGCCUGGGUUCUCUGGGGGCCCCGACAUUGUGAACGUUUUACCCGAACCAGUCUGACCGUACGCGAAGAUGCAGACACUGUAGCCAUCCAGAAUACUCGUGACGAGAGGCUUCACCUGCGAGAAGAGCUGGUCUUGCGUCGAGCCCAUGUCGAAGACGUGAUCGAACUCCCAGGUCUUCACCUUACCUUUCUCUCCGGUAAGCGUGAUCUCCUCAGGCAUGAACUUGCAGAUCAUCUUGCUGCCCUGAGCGAUUUCAUUCUUGGAAAUUGGACGCACACGACACAGCACGCGGAUGUUGCCCUUGAGCUCCUGCACGAGGUUAAAUAGGCGCUUGCGCUCCUUCAUCUCGCGCUUGUAGUUGUCCACGACACCGGCCAUUGCAUCGGCCUGCUUCUGGACACGCUGUAAGAUCUUGUCGGUCAGCUGCUUGGUCAGCACUGGAACUUGUUGCUGUUGAGCUGCAACCUGCGACUUCAGUGUCACAAGGUCCGUACGCUGAGCUUUCAAUCGCGUGCUCAAAUUCACGAUCGUUGCUUGCUUGCGUUGCUGUCCCUUAGAUGCCACCUCCAGCUUCCGUUUGAGAUCCAAGAUGGCCUUCUUCGCCUGCUCUUUGAUCUUGUUGAGUUCACCCUCCGCUGUCGACUUCAGCUUCGCGUAGCGCUCGUCGGCCGCUGUCUGCUUCGCCUCACUCUCUCGCUUCUGUUGCUCCAGUUGCGUUUGCAACUCAGUGAGACGAGUCUCCAACUCGCGAACUUGUGACUGUAGUUCUGUUUCAAGCUUGGAAGGGCCUCGCGGCGCUGGGACGCUAGGUUCUGGAGUCGUUGCUGCUCGAGCCGAAGCUGCAGCAAGCUCCUUCUCAAGACGCUGGAUCUAGAAGAACCAAACAAGACACAAAACGGUUAGGACAGAUCCAGAUCAACAAGUAUCAAAACAUCUGCGUACCGUUUUCUGAGCGUUCUGAUGUGAAGCCUCAACAGCGGAGAGCUACAAUUUGACCGCGCACGAUGUUAGCAACACAAUCGAUCUAAGACGAUGCAUGUACAUCGAACCAUCGCGUACCUUGCUCUUUAAGGCCUGCAUUUCCUCCGAGUUUGAUGGAAGCGAGCUGGAGUUGCUCUCAGGUGUUGGUGGUGCAGGAGGUGGAGAAGCUGCUGCUGCAGCGGCCGCAGAAUUAAGUGUGGCUAACUGCUGCUGCAUGUCUUUCAUCUGGCGCAUCAACUGACGCUUCUCUGCUUCCACGCUGUCGAGAGCAGCUUUGUUGACCAUAUUCUCAGGAAUAGAUUGCGCUGAAGUGGGUGGUUUGGAGUCAUUGCUGGUCUUCGUCGCAGCAGCUUUGAGUGCGCUGUUCUCUUCAAUCAAGCGCUCCAUUUCGGUCUUCAUAGCGUUGAUUUCAGCCUCCCCAUCGUUGUCCGAUGGAGUAGCCGUCGACCGACUUGAAGAUACUUUAGCGGAGUCAGGCACAUUGUAUGACUCGAAGGUCACCCCAGCCUCCUGGAGCUUCCGCUCAA